AUGAAUGUGUUGGCGUGGAACGUCCAAGGCGUGGGCAAUGAUAGGACGUUCCGAGAACUCCACGCCAAUGUUCGGGAAGUCAAUCCGAACAUUUUAUUUCUUUCUGAGACACUUGGCACUAUUGCUCAAAUGGAGAUUUUACGAGUUCGUUUGGGUUUCGCUGGUAAACUAGUAGUUGAAAAAGUUGGGAGAAGUGGUGGACUUUGUCUCUUUUUGUUGGAGGAUAUUGAUGUUACUCUUCUUUCUUUUUCAAGAGGACACAUUGAUGUCUUAGUUUCUAUUUCAGGGGUCACUCCUUGGAGGUUUACUGGGAUUUAUGGGCAGCCUGAUGCCUCUUUGCGACAUGAUUUUUGGACUUUAUUGCGUCGCAUUGCUUACAAUAAUUCUUAUCCUUGGGUUUGUGGUGGUGACUGGAAUGAGAUUUUGGUUCAAAAUGAUAAGGAUGGGGGUCCCCCUCGGCCUCAAUUCUUGAUGAAUAAUUUUAGGACAGCUUUGGAUGAUUGUUUUUUGAGUGAUAUGGGGUUUGAGGGCCCUAAAUACACUUGGGUUAAUAAACAUCGAGAUUCUUCUUUUGUCCAAGAAAGUUUGGAUCGUUUUGUUUGCAACUCGGCUUGGAUGAACUAUUUCCCAGAUUCGCAUAUUUCUCAUCUUACUUUUCGGGGUUUCGACCAUAGGCCUAUUGCUUUGGCCACAAAUCGUCGUUUAGCGGAUAGUAAGCUACUCUUUCGUUCUAGAUUUCAUUAUGAAAAUGCUUGGGCUUCUGAGUCUGAGUGCGAAAACAUCAUUACUUCUGAAUGGAAAGCUACGAGUGCGGAUCCCCUGUUGAAAGUGGUUGAAAGUGUGGGCGCUGUAGGGAAAAAGUUACAAAAGUGGAAUAAAGAAGUACAUCAGCGCCAUAAAAAAGCCAUUGGUCAAAAGUUGAAGCAUAUGGCGAUUCUUGACGCUAACCUUGACCGUGUUUCUUGUGCGGAAUUUCGGAAACUUGAAAAAGAACUGGAUGUUCUUCAUGAAAAGGAAGAAAAGUACUGGGCAUCUCGUGCUAAGGUGAGCUGGCUGAAGCUUGGCGAUAAAAACACUUCCUAUUUUCAUAAAUGUGCCUCGGGUAGGAAGAAGAAAAAUGGGAUUGCUUCGAUCCUCAAUAAAGAUGCUGUUCUUGUUUCCUCUCCGGAUGAUUUGGGGGCAGUGUUUGUGGAGUAUUUUUCUGAUCUUUUUAUUUCUACCAAGCCUUCUCGCGAGGCUCUUACUCGGGUCUUGAUGCGGUUCCACUUAAGAUUUCGGCUACUUUGA